CGGGAGGGAGGAAGCAGGGGUUGUGUCUGCAGUGAUGGAGCGAGGGGGCAGCGGGCAGGAAGAGGCCUCCCGGAGGGGCAGCAGCAGGGGAAGGGGCAGCGGGAGCUCCGCGGGUAGGACUCCCCCGAGUCGGACCCCUCCGGGGUGGGAGAUGGAAGAGAAGUCGGCGGGAGGUACUAACGCCCCGGCCCCGGCCCCUGCUCCUGCCCCUGCCCUCGGGCCGGGCCGCGGUAGCGUACGGAGGGUCGGCGGCUCUCCCGAGCGGCCCCGGGCCGGCGAGGCCGACCCUGGCCUGGGAUCGAGCUUCAUGCAGCGGCAACUGGGCUCUCUGCUCCAGCCUGGGGUCAACAAGUUCUCCCUCCGCAUGUUCGGCAGCCAUAAGGCGGUGGAGAUGGAGCAGCAGAGGGUACAGUCUGCGGGAGGCUGGGUGAUCCACCCCUACAGCGAUUUCAGGUUUUACUGGGAUCUUGCCAUGCUGCUGCUAAUGGUGGGGAACCUGAUCAUCCUGCCGGUGGGAAUCACCUUCUUCAAAGAUGAGAACACCCCUCCCUGGAUUGUCUUCAACGUGGUGUCAGACACCUUCUUCCUCAUUGACCUGGUGCUGAACUUCAGGACGGGCAUCGUGGUGGAGGACAACACGGAGAUCAUCCUGGACCCUCACACCAUCAAGAUGAAGUAUCUAAAGAGCUGGUUCUUGGUGGACUUUGUCUCCUCCAUCCCUGUCGACUACGUCUUCCUCAUCGUGGACCUGGAGACGAGGGUGGACUCUGAGGUUUACAAGACAGCCAGGGCACUGAGGAUCGUGAGAUUCGCCAAGAUCCUCAGCUUACUCCGGCUCCUGCGCCUGUCCCGUCUAAUACGAUACAUACACCAGUGGGAGGAGAUUUUCCACAUGACCUACGACCUAGCCAGUGCAGUGGUGAGGAUUGUCAACCUCAUCGGGAUGAUGCUCUUGCUUUGUCACUGGGAUGGCUGCCUCCAGUUCCUUGUUCCCAUGCUCCAGGACUUCCCAGAGGAUUGCUGGGUCUCCAUCAACCGCAUGGUGAACGACUCGUGGGGGAAGCAGUACUCACACGCCCUCUUCAAGGCCAUGAGCCACAUGCUGUGCAUCGGGUACGGGCAGCAGGCCCCCCAGGGCAUGACCGACGUCUGGCUCACCAUGCUUAGCAUGAUUGUGGGGGCCACCUGCUACGCCAUGUUCAUCGGCCACGCCACCGCACUCAUCCAGUCCCUCGACUCGUCCCGGAGACAGUACCAGGAGAAGUACAAGCAGGUGGAGCAGUACAUGUCCUUCCACAAGCUGCCCGCCGACAUGCGGCAGAGGAUACACGAAUACUACGAGCACCGCUACCAGGGCAAGAUGUUCGAUGAGGAGAACAUCCUGGGGGAGCUCAGUGUGCCUCUGCGUGAGGAGAUUGUGAACUUCAACUGCCGGAACCUGGUAGCCACCAUGCCUCUCUUCGCCAACGCUGACCCCAACUUUGUGACGGCCAUGUUGACCAAGCUGCGUUUCGAGGUGUUUCAGCCGGCCGACUACAUUGUGCGGGAGGGGACGGUGGGCAAGAAGAUGUACUUCAUCCAGCACGGAGUAGUCAGCAUUCUCACCAAGGGAAGCAAGGAGACCAAACUCUCGGACGGCUCCUACUUUGGAGAGAUCUGCCUGCUGACCCGUGGCCGGAGAACAGCCAGCGUGCGUGCGGACACCUAUUGCAGGCUCUACUCCCUGUCCGUCGAUCACUUCAACGAGGUGUUAGAGGAGUACCCUAUGAUGAGGCGCGCCUUCGAGACCGUCGCUAUGGAUCGGCUCAACAGGAUAGGCAAGAAGAACUCGGUGCUGCUGCGCAAGGGAGCAGAAGGCUCCAACUCGGGCUCCAUCAAUCACCGGGACAACGAGAUCAUCCAGCAGAUUGUCAAGCACGACCGGGACAUGGCGCAUACCAUACAGGAGCGCCAGUUGAUGAACGCUGCACAGGAGCUGCGCGGCAAGCCGCUCAUCUGGGCGCCGCUGGUGCACGCCCCGCUCCAAACGGCGGCUGCCACCACCUCCGUCGCCAUUGCCCUCACCCACCAGCACAACCUGCCCGCUGCCAUCUUCCUGCCCCCGGCCCCGCUCCCCGUCGACAGUGCACAGCCCAAGCAAGCUCGCCGGCCCCCACAGCAGGCCUCAGCAGGCGCCUCCCGGGCACAGACCCCGUCAGCAGGCUCCCCAGGGCCCGAUGUCCCAAAGGCCCGGCAGCCACGAGCCCCAUCAGGCUCGGCCUCGUUGCUGCAACAAGUGGGGGGCAGCAGCCCGGCCCACAGCCCCCUCUCUGCCAAAACCUUCCACUAUAGCCUGUCCAGGGUGGCCGGUGUCCCCGGGCAGCCUCCAGCCGCUUCACCCAGCCUCACCGCCCAGCAGCCGGGCCAAAGGGCUGGAGGCCAGGGCCUGAGCCAGGGGGCCCGACCCCUCUCCGCCUCCCAGCCCGCCCUGCCUCACAAGGCCUCCUCGCUCCCGGCCGAGCGGGAGCAAGCUCCCUUGGCCCGCAAAUCGGCGGGCAACAUCGCCCAGCUCUCUUCCGCCUCCGUCUCUGCCCUGCUGGGCCGUGUUGGCGGCCCAGGGGCCCGUGGUGGGCCGACGGUCAAGGAGUCGGGACCGGGUCGGAAAGGCUCGGUUACCUUCAGCUCAGAGCCCGAUGCGGAGAUCCCCAAACUGCCAUCCAACAUGUAGGGGGACGGGGGAGGGAGGACAGGGAGCUGCCCCGGAGGGGCGAAUGGGACUGUCGGCGGGAGAUGUUCUCGCCUCCCAACCGAAGCAUCCAUACACUGGGCCCAGGAGCCGGUCCUCCCAUCCUGGAGAGGAGACCAGAGGGAGGAGAAAGAAGGAGAGAGGAGAGGUAGAAGGAGAAAGAGAGGGGGAAGAAAUAGAAAGAGGAGGGAUAGAAGGAGAAAGAGCAAGGGGAGGGAUAGAAGGCAAAAGGGGAUGGGGAGAGAGAGAGGAACGAUAAAUACAGGGAGAUAAGGAGGGACAGAGAGAAGCAAAGGAGAGAGAGGAUGAGGAGAGAGGUGAUAGAGUGAUAACUGGGCGUGGGUGUAGGUGGGGGCGAGGAGUUCCCACGCAGACAUCCUAUGUCCAGCCGGUGUCUAGCGCUGCAACCAGAUAGUGAGAAGCCCUCGGAAGGGGCAGCCCCAGUGAUUUCCCCCCUUCACCGUCCUGGGCUGAAUGCGGCCGGCCAGAGCCCCUCUUUCUCCCAGGACCGGGUGGUGGGAAGUGGAGUUCCAGUCCCUGUUGAAACCGACUGUCCCCUCCCAACGGGCUUUGGUUGGCGAGAGGGGCUUCCAACCAACAUGUGUGUGUGUGUGGGCGUGUGGAUGUGUGUGUGUGUGUGUGGGUGUGUGUGGCGUGUUGUACACCGUGGUGUCUGUGUUCGGUGGUUGUGCUGUCUGUGGAUAGAAUGUAACGUGUGUCCGCCUGCAGACCCCUUCCUUGCCCCUUUUCUGGGGUAGAGUCCACAGUCAUCUCCCAAAACACCAUCCCCACCUCCAUUCCCUCUACAGGCUCUGAGUUUACUGCCCUGGUUCACCCUGAAAUCACCUUCGAGCUGCUGGUCAGGGAAGUGGGUCCAACAGGAAGCAGUAACCCAGCAACAGGAGGCUGUGCCCAGCCAGCUGAAAGGGUCUGAUGUCAGCCGGGGGCAAUGAGAGAGGUUCAGGUGGGGUGAGUGAUGGCUUGGUGGCUCAAGUAAGGCAGAACAGGGAGCAGGGGGCUCGAGGGAAAACCUGUCCACUGCUGCUGGUAAAACAUCCCCACACACAUACACACAGAGGCACAGACAGACAAACACACACACACACACACACACACACACACAGGCACUGACAUACACACACACACACACACACACAUACACACACACACACACACACACACAGGCACUGACAGACAUAUAUACACACACACACACACACACACACACAGGCACUGACAGACAUACACACACACACACACACACACACACACACACACACACACAAGAGAAAAUCUGCAGAUGCUGGAAAUCCAAACAACACACACAAAAUGCUGCAGGAAUUCAGCAGGCCAGGCAGCAUCUUUGGAAAAGAGUACUAUCGAUGUUUCAGGCCGAGACACUUCAGCAGAACUGACAGACACAGUGAACCAGACAGACACGCGUAUACAGUCACACACAUGCAGUAACACACAAACAUACAUAGAAACAGUAUCACAUACGUACAUGGGCACACAUAUCGACAGGCAAUACACAGCCCACACACAGUCUCAAUGGGAGCAUAACUACUAGAAAGUUUGUACACACAGACAGGUCAUGAGCACAUGUACAUCACACAGCCGAGACACCAGUGGUUUGGACGAGCUAUCAGAGGCAGGUACACACAUAUGGUCACAUGCAUAUACACAGAUGUGACUCCCGGUCUGCUGAACUGUUAACAGGCAAGGCUGCAACUCAGUUGAACACACACACAAAAAAAAAUCUGGUGGAGAAACUCGUUGGGCCAAGCAGCAUUUGUAGAGGGAAAGGAACGGUUGGCAUGCCAGCUGGAGGCCCUCACUCCUGACCCAUUGAGAUCCUCCAGAAGUUUGUUUUUUUUUUCACUCCAGGUUCCAGCUUCCCGUUUCCUGGGAAUCGAGAAACCUUGCUUUGAUCUGAUGGAGGGCCCAGGCCCUCUGGGCUGGGAGAGUGUGCCCACAGCCAAAACAUUGGUUCCAAAAAGAUUGGUGUGGUACCAGGAUGAGACAACUCUCAGUCCAUGAGACGUGACAGACUGCUUUGUAGGCAUGGACAGCUCGAAAGGCUCGCCUUGUAACCUUCCCCUGGCUGUGAAACAGCCAGAUUCCCCACCUUGUGGCCCCCAACCCCAGUCAUAGUCUUUAAGCUGGCAAAUCCCUCAGAGGUCAAAAUCCUUCCUUCCCCAUCAACAUGGAUGUGCCCUAUAGCCCGGGGGUUGAAGAGGAUGGGGCGGAGGAGAGAAGAGGAAAGAACGGGAUGGGAGGGAGAAGACCCAUUAUGGAGGAGUUACAUUCGAGAGUUAUCGAGCCUCUGGGGAUUGCUAACAGUGAACUGUUUCAGGACGGGCACAGCCUACCUCACUUAGGGUUCCUACCCAGGUGACGAAGUCUCAGGGUGAGGUAGCCAGUGGAUGGUUUCGGGGUCUAGCUGGGAACAAGGGUCUUUGGACCUUGCGAAGAUCCCAGCCACCCCAGGCAUGGUCGCUCAUGUGCAUUAACGCCCCCCUCCCUCCCCACCCCAAACA